AUGCGGCGGGCGAGGAGCGGCGGGGCGGCCCAGACGCGCGGGCAGAAGCGGCCGCGGGCGCCAGCGGGCGCCGCCUCGGCCCCCGGCGCCAGCCGCGCGCGGCGCUCGGCGGGCCAGGCCGGGCGGGGCCGGGCGGCGGGGCGGGGGCCGUCGUCCAAGCCGCGGCCUAGGCUCCCGCCGCCGCGGGCCCAGGAGGCGGGCGCCGGGGAGCAGCCGCCGCCGGAGCGGGAGCCCGCGCCGUUCCCGCCGCCGCCGCCGCCGACCCCCGCGGCCCCGCCGGACCUGGGCGAGCAGCGCGGGCGCUGGGAGGCGUUCCAGAAGCGGCAGAAGCUCAACUUCGAGGGCGCCGCCAAGCUGCUGCUGGACACCUUCGAAUACCAGGGCCUGGUCAAGCACACAGGUGGCUGCCACUGCGGAGCGGUUCGUUUUGAAGUCUGGGCCUCGGCGGACCUGCAUAUAUUUGACUGCAACUGCAGCAUCUGCAAGAAAAAGCAGAACAGACACUUCAUUGUCCCAGCUUCUCGCUUUAAGCUCCUGAAGGGAGCUGAGAACAUAACCACAUACACGUUCAACACGCACAAAGCCCAGCACACCUUCUGCAAGAAAUGCGGGGUUCAGAGCUUCUACACACCCCGCUCUAACCCCGGAGGCUACGGAAUCGCCCCCCACUGCCUGGAUGAGGGCACCGUGCGGAGUGUGGUCACCGAGGAGUUCAACGGCAGUGACUGGGAGAAGGCCAUGAAGGAGCACAAGACCAUCAAGAACAUGUCCAAGGAGUGAGGCCUCCGUGCCUUUGUUGGUGGCCGCGGCCACCCAGGCCGGGACGGGGGCUGGCGCCUGCAGCCUGCUCUGGCCCCCAGUUUUGUUAGGCAGCUUCUUUGUCCUUCCUCAGCCCCAAUUUUGAUGUAGGCUGGUUGAUGUCCUUCCUUUUCUUCCCAACUUUUGUGUGAUCUUUUAGAAAAAAAAUAAAAAAAUAUUUUUAACAUUUAAA